GUGGCUCUUCGCUUGCACACGGCUUGGCACGAAGAAGACCGGUCCAUAAGAUGAGCGCAUGCAACCAACUCCACGUCUAUAAUUCUCCAGUCAGUUGCCAUUUUACCCUCAGCUCUUGUGAACCAACAUCACUUCUUCUCUCCCACUUUUCGUUCGAACACUACCAAAAUGUCUAAAGUCGGAAUCAAUGGAUUUGGCCGAAUUGGUCGUUUGGUUCUUCGAGCUGCCAUCGCCAAGGGCGUGGAGGUCGUUGCUGUAAACGAUCCAUUCAUUGAUUUGGAAUACAUGGUUUACAUGUUCCAAUAUGACUCCACACACGGAAAGUACAAGGGAGAAGUUAAGGUGGAUGGUGGCCAACUUGUUGUUGAUGGACAUAAGAUCUCAGUCUUCCAGGAAAGGGAUCCUAAAAACAUUCCAUGGGGAAAGGUUGGAGCCGAAGUUGUUGUUGAGUCUACCGGUGUUUUCACAACAAUUGAGAAGGCUGGGCUCCAUUUGGAAGGUGGAGCUAAGCGAGUUAUCAUUUCGGCCCCCAGUGCAGAUGCUCCCAUGUUUGUGAUGGGCGUCAACGAGGCCGCCUAUGAUCCUUCGAUGAAGGUCAUCUCCAACGCAUCGUGCACCACCAACUGCUUGGCGCCAUUAGCCAAAGUCAUCAACGAUAACUUUGAAAUCGUUGAGGGUCUAAUGACUACAUGCCACGCUAUUACUGCCACUCAAAAAACUGUUGAUGGACCUUCAGGAAAGAUGUGGCGAGAUGGUCGUGGUGCUGCCCAAAAUAUCAUCCCAGCUUCAACUGGUGCCGCCAAGGCCGUAGGAAAAGUCAUCCCAGAAUUGAAUGGAAAAUUGACCGGUAUGGCUUUCCGAGUGCCAGUCCCAAAUGUAUCGGUUGUUGAUCUGACCGUGAGAUUGGGCAAGCCUACAUCGUACGAUGAAAUCAAAGCCAAAGUGAAAGCCGCUGCUGAUGGUCCCAUGAAGGGAAUUCUUGGAUAUACUGAAGAUCAAGUCGUUUCUAGCGAUUUCAUUGGCGACAACCGCUCGUCCAUCUUUGAUGCCGGUGCUGGAAUCAUGCUGAAUGCCCAAUUUGUGAAAUUGGUCACUUGGUACGAUAAUGAGUUUGGAUAUUCUUGCCGUGUUGUUGACCUCAUCAAGUACAUCAAAACUCGGGAAUAAAUUCAAUCGGCUGUCUCCGUAUUAUAUCACAGCAACAAUUCCCAUUGAAAGUACGGUCUAAGUUAAACAAUUAUAAAUCCGUAUAAAAUGUUUAGUACAGAAACAAAUUCAUGUCUGAUAUAAUAGUUAUUUUGUCCAAUGUCGAUCUAGUGAAAAUUAAAAAUAUAAAAAUAGUUGAAAUUGUGUAGAAGUUAAGCUGGAAUUGUGAAUGAAUGAACAAUAAAUUUGUCUUAAUAAGUCAA